AUCCUCACUGACUUCUGAAUCUUCUGCUCAUACCUCCUUAAGCAGGUUCCUUCAUCUUUGCUAAAAUGGCUCAACUCCUGAACAGCAUACUCACUGUGAUCGAGGUGUUCCAGAAAUAUGCCAAAGGGAAAGGGGACUGUACCUCACUGUGCAAGAAGGAGUUGAAGCAAUUGCUCUUGGCUGAGUUUGGAGACAUCCUCCGGAGACCAAAUGACCCAGAGACUGUGGAAACCAUCCUGAGCCUCUUGGAUAAAGACAGAAAUGGACAUGUGGAUUUUCAUGAAUAUCUCCUAUUGGUGUUCCAACUGGCCCAAGCCUGCUAUCACAAGCUGGAUAAAGAGUUAUGCAGAGAUAGAACCUCCCAGCAAGAAGGGGAGCAUGAGGGAAAACAAGACCAUAAGUUUCCAGGAAAUACUGAGAGACAACACAGGCAGAGUCAGGAGGGAGAAAGGCAGGAUUACCACUGUAAUCAAUCUGAGAGACAAAACCAGGACAACUACCAGGAUCAGUCUGGGAGGCAAGAUAGGGGCUCCAGCUCUGGUCAGUCUGAGAGGCAAGACAGGGACUCCCACUGUGGUCAGUCUGGGAGACAAGACAGGGACUCCCACUAUGGUCAGUCUGGGAGACAAGACAGGGACUCCCACUACGGUCAGUCUGAGAGACAAGACAGGGACUCCCACUACGGUCAGUCUGGGAGACAAGACAGGGACUCCCACUAUGGUCAGUCUGGGAGACAAGAUAGGGACUCUUGCUAUGGUCAGUCUCAGACACAAGGUCAGGACUCCAGCUCUGAUAAAAAACUGAGCCAUACAUUUGGCAGUGGCAAGCCUAAAGGACAAGGAUAUGUCUUUGCCUUAAAUCAGUGUGAGAAACAACUUCAGGAUUCUCAUUAUGGCCAAUCUGAUAAGCUUGGGCAACAGUCAAGCUGUGGCCAGUCUGGAAGACUGGGAGAGGACUCCUCCAGCCACACAAACCAACAGGAAUCAGGCUCUUAUUAUGAGCAAUCUGAGAGGCUGGGUCAGGAAUCAGGCCAUGGUAGGAGAAAUAGGCAAGAACUGGGUUCUCAUUAUGGCCAGACAGACAGACAAGGCCAGAGUUCUCACUAUGGUCAGUCAGACAGAGAAAGCCAGAGCUCUCACUUUGGCCAGACAGAGAGACAAGGCCAGAGCUCCUGCCAUGGCCAGAUAGAUAGACAAGGCCAGAGUUCCCACUAUGGCCAGACGGACAGACAAAGCCAGGGUUCCCACUAUGGCCAGACAGAUAGACAAGGCCAGAGUUCUCACUAUGGUCAGACAGAUAGACAAGGCCUGAGCUCUCAAUAUGGCCAGACAGAGAGACAAGGCCAGGGUUCCCACUAUGGCCAGAUAGACAGACAAAGUCAAGGUUCCCACUAUGGCCAGACAGAUAGACAAGGUCAGAGUUCUCACUAUGGUCAUACAGACACACAAGGCCAGGGUUCCCACUAUGGCCAGAUAGACAGACAGAGCCAGAGCUCUCAUUAUGGCCAGACAGAUAGACAAGGUCAGAGUUCUCACUAUGGUCAGACAGACAGACAAGGCCAGGGUUCCCAUUAUGGCCAGACAGAUAGACAAGGUCAGAGUUCUCACUAUGGUCAGACAGACAGACAAGGCCAGGGUUCCCACUAUGGCCAGACAGAGAGACAAGAGCAGACCCGUCAUAGACGAGACAAGCAAACCCAUGAAGAUGAGCAGACCCGUCAGAGACGAGACAAGCAAACCCAUGAAGAGGAUCAAAACUGUCAGCAACGACAGGAUAGGCAAACCCAUGAGGAUAAAGAGAGGUAUCAAGGGUCCCAGGAUCAACAGUCCCAUAGGACCCAGCAAGGCCGUGCUAACAGAGAAAAAUUCCACAUGAAUGAGGAAGGCCAGAGUCGAGGUUCCCAGGGAAGACACAGUGACCUGGCCUUCCAUCCAACCCAGAGCACUGAGAGACCCCAAAGAAGAGAACAAGGUAUAAGCCACCCUACCAAGGCAACUCUUUCUCCCAACCCCUUCUACGAAUAUGUACUAGAGCAGAGACAGGGUCAGCACUAGGCUGCGCGUGCACCAGAGUCAGAGCAACAAGAAGCCAAGGAAGAAAUCUACGUGUCAAGUUCAUCCUUACUUCUGUUUAAGAGAUUGAAAAUGUAUGUUUUAAAUCUCUCUUCUACUCUAUCUAUCUGCAAAAAUGUUUGGGGGACUAAUAUACACUUUCAGGGCAUUUCAGCUCUCUGAGCAGCAUUUCCAGGGUGUUUGGGUUGGGUGAAAUCUGAGGGGUAAAUUGGGUAAAAUAAUCAGAUCCCAAUUUUGAUUAAUUUGGGGAUUUAAAUCAUUUCCUGGUUUUCCCUCCUGUAGGGGGACAUGAUUGUAUCACUGAAAGGUAGAAAUUUCUCCCGAAAGUUCAGAAAUAGGAAAGGUAUUCUGAAGCUAUACAUUGCAGCCUGAGGAAGGGACACAUGGAUUUUACUAAGCUCCUGUGGAUGAACCAUUAGAAACUGCAAACCUCGUAGUCUACACUAAAAUGAAACACAAUGAGAAGCUGCUAGGAGAUGUCCACGACACCCAGCACACCCACAUUUCUACCCCUACCAGAAGGACUGGUCACUGAGCUUUUAUCAGCAGAGCUGAAUGGACUGAUUCCAGCUUGAUGCCUUCCUAGUUUCUGAUCACGCAAAUCAGAGAGACAGCAUAUGUCAUCUGUUUGCAGAUUCCAAUGAGCCAACACUGUCAAUCUAUAGCUCCUGGAGCCUGAAAACCUUUCACAAGAAAAUCUAUGGAACUGUACUAAAAUACCCAAUAAAUGAUUGGUGAG